AAUUUACGAUUCUAAAAUUCUACAAUUAUAAUUACUAUUAUUUUUAGUGCGCUUUCCAUUGAAUUCCAAUUUCCAUGUAGCACUACUAGUACUCAAAAUGCUAUGAUUUGCUUCUUCAUGCUAUUUUUUUGUUGUUGUUGUUGUCGUCGUCUCUUUCUCUCUCCUUUUCUCUCUCUCCGUCCCUUCGUCUUUCCUUUUCUUUGGGUUCUAUUCCAUGCCAAUUCACUUAUUAUUAAUUGGCAUCAUCAUGUUAAUCUAAUUAUCACUACCCUUCUCUUCUUCUUCCUCUAUCCGUUUCUCGUUUUUGUUUCUAUUCACUGUGCUGGAUGAUAUGGGGAAGAAGACGAUCAUGAAGAGGCUAGUGGCACUACUUUUGCUUCUGGCAAUAAGUGAUGCUGUUGAACCCCUUAGGUUUCAAAAUGAAGGACAAUGUGAAUCCACCACGCCUUUGGAACCUAGACCUCACAGCGUGUCCAUCUUGGAAUUUGGGGCUGUUGGGGAUGGGAUGACAUUGAACACAGUUGCCUUUCAAAAUGCCAUUUUUUACCUUAAGUCAUUUGCUGACAAAGGCGGGGCCCAGCUAUACGUUCCAUCAGGCAGGUGGCUUACUGGAAGCUUCAAUCUUACCAGCCACCUUACACUCUUCCUGGAAAGGGGAGCCGUAGUUCUUGGAUCACAGGAUUACUCUCAUUGGGAAAUAGUUGGACCUUUACCAUCUUAUGGCGAAGAGACUGAAUUGCUUGGUGGAAGAUAUCGCAGCUUGAUUAAUGGACAUAGUUUAACUGAUGUGGUGAUAACAGGUGACAAUGGAACUAUUGAUGGGCAGGGUUCUGUAUGGUGGGACCAGUUUCGUUCUCAUUCCUUAAACUACAGUUGUCCGCAUCUUGUGGAAUUUAUCAGCUCUGAUGACAUUGUUGUGUCAAAUAUAACCUUCUUAAAUUCCCCUGCCUGGAAUAUUCAUCCAGUAUAUUGCAGUAACGUGCUAGUUCAAAACAUAACCGCCCAUUCUCCACCAGCAUCACCUUACACUAGUGGAAUAGUCCCAGAUUCUUCUGAGCUUGUAUGCAUUGAGAAUAGCAACAUUAGCGUGGGUUAUGAUGCGAUUGUGCUCAAGAGUGGUUGGGACGAGUAUGGAAUUUCUUAUAGCCGACCAACCACAAACGUUCACAUCAGGAAUGUUCACCUUCAGUCUUCUUCCGGCUCAGGUCUGGCUUUUGGCAGUGAGAUGUCUGGUGGCAUAUCUAACAUACUUGCAGAGCAUCUUCACCUUCAUGAUUCAUUCAUUGGCGUUGAAGUCAAAACAUCAAGAGGUAGGGGCGGUUACGUAAAAGACAUUCUUAUAUCAGAUGUGGAGAUGGCAAAUGUUGAUAUUGCUAUUGAGGCUACAGGUCAAUUUGAUUCUCACCCAGAUGAGAAAUUUGAUCCGGAUGCACUUCCAGUUGUCCAACUCAUCACAUUCAAGGACAUAGUUGGCACAAACAUCACUACUGCAGGGAUGUUUUCGGGAAUCUAUGAAUCUCCAUUCACAUCAAUUUGCCUAUUUAAUAUUUCAUUUUCCAUUGAUUUUGACCCUUUGACUACUUCAUGGGUAUGUUCUAAUGUGUCAGGUUACUCUGAGUUCGUGUCUCCUGAACCAUGUCCCGAAACCUCCUCAUUUUCUAAUUCUUCCACAGCUUGCUUCUUAUUUUUGCAUUCAAGAAGCCGUGUAGCGAUUUUAUGAUACCAAGAUCUUAAGCUACAUUUUAUUGGUGUAAUCGAGGGACUAAAUGCUUCCCUGGGUUCCACUUUGAAUUCAAGUGGAUAAAUCAUCUAGUACGUUGCAAAUUCAGAAUCUUUCAUCGAUUGAGCAUUCUCAAAUCGUGCAUUGGACUCUUCCAGAUUGGUGUCUCAUCCUGGCCAAUUACCCAUGUACAGCCUCAUUUUUCUUCAUUCAUAUGUGUAAGGAAAUUUUUGGUAGUGCAUUACAUAUAGAAGCUACGCUUGCUGAGUUUGAUUCUUUUGCCUUUUUUUUUAAUAAUAAAUUUUGCUUUUGAACUUCUUCUUUUGUUUUUUUGGUUAUUUAUUUUACAAUGUAAAUUUGUGUAUUGUUGAUAGACACCAAGAUUGGUUAGUAGUUGAUGAGCAAGGGAAGGAUGUUCAUGGGAGUGAUGUUUGAAUAAAAUUUUCUUUGUUCUUGUGAAAUUACCAACA